AUGGCCUCGAAAGCUUUCUUGAUCACGAUUAUCGUUGUGAUGAUUGCUGCUCCUCCAGCUUUCGCAACUGAUUACGUCGUUGGAGAUGAAUCGGUCGUCGGAGACAGACUCGUCUUCAAGUAUGCCGAGGGAGUUCAUAAUGUGUAUAAAGUAAAUGGAACUGCCUUCCAACAGUGUACGGUACCCUCACCAUCUGAGGCUCUAACUAGUGGAAGUGACGUGAUUACCCUUGCGACGCCUGGCCGGAAGUGGUACAUAUGUGGUGUUGGUAACCAUUGUGCUUCCGGGAUGAAGCUCGUCAUCACCGUUGCUUCCUCCAUCGCUCCGGCCUCAGCUCCGGCUCCCGCCCCAACUUCUGGAGGUCCACUGAUGCACAACAAGAAGCCGAUGAACUUUUGGAGCAACUGGAAAAUGAAAAUUCACUUUUGAUUAAGAUGAAGUUAUAUGAUAGUGCAUGACAAUAAGCUGCAUGAACUUUUGGAGAAACUACUAAACAUUAUGUUGUGAUUAAGGUGAAGCUAUGUGAUACUGCAUGACAAUUAUUGACUAUGAUGCUAUCAUUAUUGUUGUAACGAGUAUUCAGAGAUAUGAUGAUUAUCUUUUUUAUUAUUUUAAUUCAAUAUUAAGUAUUAUUUUGGGAAAAUUGCAUUUUUCAUCCUAUAUCUUAG